GAACGAAUGAAUACGAUACGAAACCGGCCAAACUACUUUGUCCAACGGUCGCGUUGCUUGCUACUACGCGUAUUUUCGUUUGUUUUCUUUGGCCCCACCUUUGUUUCGUGAAUAUUGUUUUGAUAUAAAACAAAGUUAUAAUUUUUUUGCGUUUAUUUAUUAUCAAAGUUUAAUUAUAAACAUGGUUUAUUGUUUAUUUAGUUUCCAAACUUAUUAUCUUGGAUAAGUAAGGAUAUGUGACGAAAUAGGUUGCGGGCAGGUGAGGAACGAUAAUAAAGUGAAAUGAGUAUUUCAGUGUUCAAUUGGAAUGUAUAGUGGUAAAGACAUGGGGGUGCAAAAAAGACAUAGUCAGUUCAGUGAUACGAAAUAUAAGUGGAGGACUGUUGUUCUGUUUCUGUUAUGUGUUUGUGUUUGUAACGGCCAGGAAUAUAUAGUAACGGGAAAUGCUGAUCCCUAUGUACUGAAUAAGAGUGUGGGGUUGACGGAAUUGCCUGGUGGAGCGGUGACCAGUGGUCGCACUGUGUGGAAAGCUGCUGGCAGUCCGUAUUUAUUACGAGAUGAUAUCUUAGUGGAAAGAGAUGCAGAGCUGGAGAUCGAGCCUGGUGUGGAAAUACGUUUCGCCCCCAUGGUGGGCAUCACGGUGCGAGGAAAACUGAUUGCUGUGGGUCAGCCAGACAAUGUGAUAUCGUUUACAAGCACAGAGCAACCAGACAGACAGACCAAUGCCACGCCCGGCAUUAGGUUGGUGGAUGGGCCUUCCAUCCUAGCCGGGAGAGUGCAGCUGUUGCACCGAAACAAAUGGCGAUCAGUCUGCACUAACUCUAGAAAUUGGACAAUAAACGACAUGGAAACAGCGUGUAGACAACUGGGCUUCAUGGGCGGUUCAUUUUAUAAUUGGAUGGACAGACAACCAGGUCGACAAGCACGUCUUUUAUACGAAGAACCAAGGUGUAAAGGCACUGAGUAUAAUUUAUUAGAGUGCGACUGGGCAUCACGAGAACUAGGUUCGGGAGUUUGUGAUUAUCAUCCCGACCUCGGCAUCCAAUGUUUGCCUCAUCAUGACACGGGACACUCUGGACGCCACUGGAGAGGCAUUCGAUUCGAAAAUGCAGCUUUCGAUCGAAUUCUCACUGCAGGAAAUACUUUAUUUGUUCCUACAUCAAACUCUAGAUUAGAACAUGUGAUAAUAAAAAAUGCUGGUUUAGGUAGAGAUAAUAACGCAACAAGUGCUCUAGAUGUCAUCGGAGUUCCACCAGUGAUGGUAGAUAUUGAAAUAUCCAACUCAGCCUUCAACGCUGUAAAUGUGACGUCACCUAACGCUCCCAUAGUAAUCAACAAUUGCACGAUACAAAACAAUAGAGGCUACGGCGUCUAUGUGAAUUCAACUUAUGGCAUGGUCAGAAUAGAAAACUGCUUGAUACAUGACAACGGAGGUGAUGGCGUUAAGUACGUGGUACACGAAAUGAACAUCGAUGAAAAAUUUGAUCGCAGUGAGGUUUUUGACCUUUGCACCUUGGCAUCCACACACAGUCAGACGUUUCCUAUACAAAUGUCUGUAAAACAGUCACAGUACUCGAAUAUGGAAAAAAAUUGUAGUCAGAAAUUUUAUACCAGAGCUGAUCAUGUACUUACACUGAGUUUUAUAAAGAUGACAACAAAUCGCAAUAAUACUGGAGAAAUAUUUGUCUAUGAUGGAAAUAAUGAUGGUAAACUCUUAUUGCAUUUUAAUAUACGAAAUUACACGAGGCCACAGAGUGUCACAUCUACGAGGAACCUAAUGGUUGUACAGUUCAGGGCUGAUACUAGAACAGAUAUUGCUGGCUUUCUAAGACUCACGUCAGGAGUUUCCAAAACAUACGAUCUAAAUGUAACUGACACGAUUAUUUCUGACAACAACGGUAGAGGAGUAGCAAUCGAAAAUUUAAGAUCCCAAGUUCACAUACAUAGAACCGCAAUAUCCAAUAACAAUCAUGUGGCUGGUCUACACGUUGUAAGUGGUGCUGGUGAUGUAAACGUUACUGAAAGCAGAAUAUCAUUCAAUCAAGGUGAUGGAAUAAACAUAACCGUAACAGGAGGCAAUCGAAAUAUAUCUAGAAGUAUACUUAGCUCUAAUCAGGGUUAUGGCAUUGCAGUAUGGAUAAACAAUACAAAAGAAACAGAAUACGUACCAGUUAAUCAAACUACAGUAAUUGAAUACUCUGAGAUAUUUAAAAACCUUGAUGUUGGUAUUUUACAUGGCAAUUUCUGUGGUGAUAGUUGGGUAAACAUAACAGGAAAUUGGUUUAAUAGUAGUAUGGAAAGCACAAUAGACAUAUCAACAUGUUGGAGAUUGAAUAAUCCAAAGAAAUUACUUAAUUUACAAAUAGGUCACAAUCGAUUUUAUCUUAACAAUCGAGUACCGAUAAAAAUCCAACCAGCAUUGAAUGUGAUGGGGAAAAUUGAAUAUAAUUAUUUUGAGCAUGGAAGUUAUGGUGCCAUCGUUAUAUUAAAUAGAAUUGAAGGGAAAUACCUAGAAGAGUUUGAAAUGCUUCCUGCUCGAUUUAACAUACAACAUAAUUACUUCUUUGGUAAUAAAGGACCGUUUGUAGUAAAUCUAGGAUUAUCGCCGUACAGUGAUAAUCAGUUUAUAUUAUUUACGAGAAAUUACUUGAAAGAUAAUAAAAUAAGGGAACCCUUUGAACCCCUAGAAGGCAUUGCAUCAAGGUUGAUACCAAGAAGUAGAGUGGCAGCUACAAUCGUAUUAGCAUCAAGUAAUAUAGAUGUGUUUAGGAAUAUAAUUCAUAACCCAGAAGCACAAUAUGAAAUAGGAUCCCAUGUGGAAGACCAGAGUAAAACUCUUAACUGCACCCACAAUUGGCUUGGGUAUAGCGAGGAAGCAAAGGUAUACGAAAGACUGUUUCAUCGAAAGGACAGAUAUAAUCUAGCUAAAAUCGAAUACAUGCCUUAUUUAUUACAUAGCAGCAAUCCUGGCACUACACAAAUGAAUACAAAUUCUUUAUACGUACCUCAAUUUAAUUUACCGGGAACUUUUGUCAUUGGAGGAGAAGUAGAAGGUAUAGAAAUACUCAGAAAAGGUGAAUACAACGUUGAUAAAGACAUAAACAUUCGACCUGGUGGAAAACUUAUAAUCCAACCUGGUGUUACGUUAAAAUUUCCGCCUGCUAUCGGCAUGAUGGUUGGUGGCAAGUUAGAAGCAAGAGGAAUUCGACCAAACGAUAUCACCUUUACAUUAAAAGAUGAAAUCAUUAUGACUAAUGAUAGUGUUUACGAAAGUGAUAUAUAUUUAGAACUAACAACACCAAGCUAUAGUGAGCCCGUUGUUCCCAUAAGACUUUUAGGAGGUAGGACGCCACACGAAGGCAGGUUACAAGUUAGAAUUGACGACAAAUGGGGCACUGUGUGUAAUUACAGAUGGAACAUGAUCAAUGCAGCUUUAGUUUGUAACCAACUAGGUUUAGCGUUGAACCCUGAUGAUUGGUAUUUGGAACCCAAUGAAAUACCAUCUGCCGGUAUGACAGAAGACAUACUUUUGUCCAAUGUUGAAUGUACAGAGUUCGAUAACGAUAUUACAAAAUGUAAAGCGGAGACCACCGAAAAUUUUGAAAAUUCUUGUACUCAUGAAAACGAUGUCGGCAUAAGAUGUUAUGAAACAAGUUGGGCUGGUGUUAGAUUUAGUGUAAUAUCAGAAAGAACGGAUCUGCAGUAUGUCACAAUAGAAAAAGCAGGUCUCCUAGAUUAUUCUUCUAACACUUUCAAACCUGCUCUUCAGAUUGAUUUUGCUCGACAUGGCUUGGAAAGUGUGAAAGUAGCUAACAAUUAUCAUGAUGGUCUUGGUAUUCUGUACUCAGAUAUAUACGGUGCUGAUGCCAUUAAUACAGUAAAAAAUUCAGAAUUCAGUAACAAUAGAGGAAGUGGCAUAAGUUUUAAACAGUUGGGACUUAAAAUAUAUGGUUCAACGAUAGAAAAUAAUCAGAUUGCUGGAAUAUCUCACAAUCCUCACUUGGCCGGUUUGCAACAACGGGAAAUAGCCGGUUGGUUUAAUUUAGAACCUAAUUUUAACUUGGACGAGUCCAAUUACCAUCUUAUAACAUUGCCAAAAUAUGAAACAGAUAUCAGUUUGAUGAACGGUGAAACGAGACAUCUUGUAUUUAGCAAACAUUAUGGCGAAAACAUCGUCAAAACUUACAACAUUAAUUGUAAUCCUGGUUACGUUUUAGGGCUCCAGUUAUUAAAUCCGAUCCACAAUUUUUCUACAGAAAGCAUCUGCAUAUACGAUUCACAGAACAUUAAUGAAGCUAGUACGAAGUGGUGUCUAGAUAGAGAUCUGUCAACAUUCCCUACUACAAGUAGCAGCUUUGGAGUUGUUUUGACGUAUGAGAGUGGUCCAGCUGCUUUGGGUGGUGUGGUCUUAGUCGUGAGCACGAUUUUAGCACCCGUACAAAACUUACGUAACAGAAUUGUCAAAGGCCCCGUCCCUACAUUGCAAGUCGUCAACUCUAGAAUAAAAGGAAACACAAAAGGCGUCAAAGCACUUUACUACAAUAGGUACUUAAACGAAAUGGGAGAUCAUUUCUUGCGAAAAGCAAAUGAAAGUAUAAAAAUAUUCAAUUGUGAAAUUGCACAUAAUAAAGAGGAAGCAGUUUACAUUAACACGCCCUUCUGGGAUAUUCAUGAAAGUAACAUAACUGAAAUAACUAUAAUGAUUAAUAGUACUUUGAUAAUUGAUAAUGGAAGGGGAAUAUAUCAUUUCGCGAGAGAUUUGCGAAGUUCAAAUAAUUUAUAUCAUUACGUUCUGCAAGAUAAUACUAUAGAAAGAAAUAAGUUUGGAGGAUUUGAUAUUUCAUUACCCUAUGUUUGGCAAUACAACGAAAAUUUCACUCACUCUGUUUACAUGCACAAUAAUACUUGGCGGGGUAACAUGAACUUUGCUACAGUGAUAGAUGGUCAUUUCGCGGAAGUAAAUAUUACCAAAAACAUAUUUACUGACAAUAAUUGUAAACCAGGACUUAUAUCGAUAAGGGGGAUGGAAAAGAAAAUGAGAAUUGAAUAUAACUUGAUCGAGAGAAACAGAGGACUUUUUAUGGUACAAUUUUUCAUGGACAGUCAAAGUGAAAUCAUGGGUAUUAUAAGAGCAAAUUUUAUGCAUAAUCAACUAAAGUAUAACCAGCAUUUAGGAGCAUUGAGCCGUGGAGCUAUCAUGAGAACCACAGACCCUACAUACGUAGUAGGAUUCAUGGGUAUACAAAAAGUGGAGGUUAAAAGAAAUUUAUUCGGGAAUAACGACCUACAAUAUACUCUGUUAGCUGGAAUAAAGACAGCAAAAAUCAAUAAUGUUUUAUCUGUCACUGAAAAUUGGUGGGGAAGUAAUGAUGAGAAAGAAAUUAAGAAGCAAAUAUUUGAUUUUGAUGACUGGAACAAUCAUGCCAUUGCACAUUUCUUACCAUAUUUACUCGAAGAUCGUUUUGAUUCCAGUGUUUCGGCUAUAUUUAGUCCUGAAACGACAGUGGAUGUAGAUUCACUUGGUGGGAGACUAUCUUCUAAUCUUACACUAGAAGCCCGAAUUGCACCCUAUAUAGUGAAGGCUGAUAUAACUGUAAUGCCUGAAGCAAUACUUACCAUCAAUCCAGGAGUCACAUUGGAAUUUGGGCCUAACGUUGGCAUACUCGUUAUGGGCAUACUCCAAGCUAUCGGUCACGCUCAAAUGCCAAUUAUUAUGAGACCCAUAAGUCCUUUGAGUAAUGUUGAAGAUAACAGAAUAGAAAAAAGAGAUACGAGAUAUCGUCACCAUCAUGAAAGAAGACAGUUGGAAAAUUUGCUGGUGCAAGAUUCUAUUCGAUUAUGCACCGGCAGGAAUUGUUCGACAAGCGAUAAUAUGUCACAGAAUAUAAAUGAGGGCUUCUUAGAAUAUUACAACAGGACAACUUUGCAAUGGGUGCCAAUGUGCGACAAUAGAUUCACAGAGAGAAAUGCUCAAGUAGUGUGUCGAGAAUUAGGGUUUGACCCGAUCAAUGUAUUCUUUGCAUACGACCGUCGAAUCGAGUAUCACAGUAACUCUUUGUCCAGAAUUUGGUCCUGGCCUGAGCCAUUGCAAUGUGUUGGGACGGAAGAACGUUACGAGGACUGCCCGAUCAGACUGAACGGUCAACUCUACGGUCACAUUCACGAAUGCAAGUGGGAUUCAGAUUUUGUAUUCAUUCACUGUGGUAACAGAAACUUAGAUGAUCAUUUGCAAUAUUGGGGAGGCAUACGCUUUGCUAAUCCGGAGUUCGAAUAUUCCUUGUACGAGCACAGAAUACACGAUCACCACACUCAUGAAACGAUGAAGAAACAUGAAAGUUCUCUAGUACAUGUUCAAAUACUUGGUGCUGGAAUACUUCAUAACGAGAAAUCCCCAGCUGUUCAAAGCAUUACUAAAAACCCUACUAUACGAAAUGUCAACAUCACAAAAUGUGCCUAUCAUGGAAUUAACAUUGUAUCACCUACAGAUUCUUUGGAUAUCAGAUUUAACACUGUAAAUGAUGUAUUAGGCGAAGGAAUAAGUGCUAUAUCACUAAACGGUGAAGGCAGAGAAUCGGAUGAAUCUAGUUUUACACCACUAAAAGAACUGAAUCUUCCGUAUCACAUGUUUUCUCUAAUAGACAUUUGCGACAGCAGCAAGAUGGUAGUCGUCGAAGAGAGGGUAUUACUUUAUUAUAAAUACGACAACAAUCCAGUGAAUUGCGUGAAGAUUUUCAAAAGUAGAUACAGCGUCAAGCCGUUUGGUUUCCGUUUGCUACAGUUUAAUUUAUUCAAUCACACGAAAAGUUACGGGAAGAGAGAUUCGUUGAGUUUAUACGAUGGUGACAUUUACAAUAUCACUGCGCCACAGAUUGGGUAUUUGGAGAAUGGGUCGCCUGAAGAGAAGAGUUUGUUUAGGACCCGAGGGGCCAGUUUGAGCGUCAAGUUGUUUGCAAAUGGCGCCGCGGCGGUGCACGGGUUCAUUGCUGAGGUCGUCACGCUGCCGAUAUCUGCUAUUGGAUUCAACCGCGACGUGCAACAUAACAUAUCGAACAGCGAAUUCGUCAAGAACCGAGAUGGCGCCAUCACCUACCAGUCUGUGGGAGAAGUGAAUCCUCUAGUGGCCAUCAUCAGAAACGAAUUUGAAGACAACUGCCUCAAAUUGUACGGAAACUUCACCACUUGUCAUGCUGCUGUGAGGGUCGAUGUUCAGAAUACGCAGACUUUGGUCUUCAGGAACAACCUGGUUCGCAACAACGUGGGCGGGCUGCUGGUGCGCGCGGACUCGCGGGGCUCCGCCACGUCGCUGCGAGGGUUCGUGCACAACAACCUGUUCUACGCCAACCACGACCUGCCCUGCCUCAAGGUCGAAGGGCGGCAAUCAUCGCCCUACCAAGAGGUCACAAUCUACCGCAACUACUUCACCCGCCACCGCUCUCAGUACCAGGACGUCAUAGUAUUGCGGCAGGUCGUCUCCAACUUCACCUACAACUACGUCCACGAUAACACCGGCAUGAGGAUUCUAGAAGUCUCCGGAUUCGACAAAGUUCGCCUGCCAAUUUAUCAGACCACAUCGCAUAACGGAUUUUAUAAAAACUACGCAUUGGAUCGUGAAGGCCGGGCGACAGUCGUCGCAGGCACGGCAGGCCAGCAUUACGUCGACAACGUCUUCUUCAAUCCGGAUAAUGACUAUGAAAUGAUCACUGUCAAUAGGUCAAUCUUUUUUGACUAUAAUCCUCAUGUACUAAGUGCUGUGGACCUUCUACGUACAAAAGUGGACGCGAAAUACAACUUUUGGAGUUACAACGAAUCGUUGGCGGUCGCGGGUCGCGUGAGAGACCAGUCUGACAACCCGUUGCUGCUGGAGGUGGACUACAGGCCGUACUACAUGAACAAUCUCACAGUUCUCGGCGGGGGCAAGUGUCCCCCGGGGUGGGACGUGGUGGCCGACUCGUGCUAUAUGUAUAUCGGAGCCGCUAUGACGUAUGAGGAGGCGCGUUUGUUCUGUUUGUCGGACAACGCCUCAAUGCCAUACGUGAAUGGCAACUACGCAGCGUUAUACGAGUUCAUACAACGACAGAACGAGUGGUAUCGAUUCAGCGAUCGAGUGUGGGUCAACCAUAUCGAUUACGUCACUCAAUGCACUUCAUUCGCGUUCUCCUCUGUGGAUAUUACUGAUUGCAAUCAGAAGAACGCUUUCAUAUGCGAGAUUGACCCACAGAUCAGAAUCGACCCGCUGUCGUGGCGCUCGGACGCGCUGGCGCUGGGCUUCGUCGGCGUCCUCGCCGCCGCGCUGCUGCUGGUGGCGGCCGCCGGCCUCUGCUGGUGCUCCAAGUCCAAACACAGACACGUGCAGCGGCUGGAGCGCCGCAACUCGAUCCGGCAGUCGCUGCACUCCGUGCGCUCCAUCGGCAGCAUCCCCGGGUACCCCGACACCGCCUACAGGAGGAAACUGGCGCAAAUGAGCGGUCGAUCAACAGAAACUUUAACCAAAGGAUCCGAUUACAAAAAGAUGUUAGCAUCAACUGCCUCGAUGGAAUCCAUGGAGAAGAGUCAAUUCAACUCCUCGAUGGAGGACAACCAGAGUUUCGACAUUUACGAAACGCACAACCCUAACACGAACAUAAUGCCUAUGAAAAUCAGCACUUUCGCUAAGAAGCCGGCGUCUCCUGAAUAUUCCAUACCGCAGAACAACAACAACAGGCCCUUCGACCUGGCGUUCAAGAACGAGGGGUUCAAAGAUAAUUCAAGUCCCGCGAGCGGAGCCCACUCGAUGAACACUGUGACGACCGAGGAGAUACCGAUAAUCCACCACCCGAACGGUUUACGAUCGCCCGAAGACGACAUCCUGUCGCCGGGCAGCGAUCGAUAUUUUAAUUCGGACACGUUGCCGUUGAGAGGACAGGGCGAGUCGGACGAGAGUUUGAAGGAGUUGGAAAGAGAAGGGAAAUCUUACGGCUACGGCGUGCCCGCGCGCGCGCGCGGCGCGCUGUUGUUCCUGAGCGAGCUGCGCGCGCGCGCGCCCGUCGUCCCACACCCGCCCGCCUCCGCCCCACACGCGCACUCCACCUUCGGACAGCGCCGGAAUAUCGCAGAGAACCAGCAGUUCUACGAACAGAACCUGCCCGGCCCGGCGCCGUACAACUACGGCCCUCCAUCCGACCCCGACUCCAGCCGCUGCCGCAGCCCCAGCCCGGAGCUCCACCACCGCUCUAAAUCUGAAGCCCUACUCGAAACUAACUUCGACUUCGAAGACAGCGAGUCGAGUCCCUUACCGAUGACUGAAGCCAGCAGAUCUUACAGCCAGCCGCUAGAAACGGCAAUGUGAUCCUUAUUGCUAAUAGUUUUAAGGCUAUUUUAGUUUUUGUACCGAGUAAAGUUUUCGGCUAUGGAAAUUUUCCACCGACAAAUAAUUAUGACUAGAAAAAUGUUUUAAAAGAUAAUUGACAUUGGAGAAAAAAAUACAUUGAUGCGCGGAACUUCACGAGAAUCACCGUGUUAUUGAUAAAAAUAUGUGCUAUUUUAGCUAUAUAAAAGGUUAUACAUAUACACAACAUAUAGGAACUAACUGAAUGAAACUUUACGACAGAACGUGAUAUGACAUAGGAGGUACUUUGAGCAAAACCUUAGGAAAGAAUAUUUAUAAAUCAUGUAUUCUUCGCUUUGAAGAAUAAAAUUCUUGUCAUUUAUCUUCAAUACUUUUCUUCCAUCUGUCUAAUAAUUAUAUGUAUCAUUCCGUCCAUUUUCAAACAUAUUCAUUAAACUUUUGUAUAUAUUUGCCGAACAAUACACAUAUAAUAUAGUACUUACAACCUAUGAUGAACUUUAGUCAUAGUAAGGAAAGUGGUAUGUAUUUAGUAGUAGGAAAGAAAAAGACUGAGAGAGCAUGUGUCUUAGAUGAAGGAUUUUCCUGCAUUUAUUCGACAACAGUUAUUCGUGUCUUAAUGAAUAGUAUAAUAGUGCCUUUUCUAAAAACUGUGUUUUGUUUACUUUUAUAUUUUUACAUUUAAGUAGGUAUAUGUACCAAUAUAUCUUUAUUAUAAUUAUAGAUAUAAGUUUAUUAAGUUAUAUGAUAAUACAGAAAAAUACAAGAUCUCAGUAUUGAAGUAAAUAUAUAAAAUUGUUCCAGAAAUUUAAAAUAUUCCUUUCAUUCUAUAUCCACAUAUUUUCGAACUUUUUUACUUUUACUUAGCCUUUCUUAAGUUAAUUAAUUACGUAAAAUAUGUAUGAGUAACUACAUAGUUUAAGUUAAUAUGAACUCGCUAAUUAUAAAAUUAUGAUUCCACUAAUUGGAUUUGCUUGUCUCAUUUUAGUAAAAUUGUUUACCAACAAGACUAAUGUUAUUUCGUGCAUUAAUAUUUUUAUUUUUAUAGUUAAUGUAGUGCAAUUCAAGUCACACGAAAAGUCUGUAUUAGACGUAAAAUUAUUAAUAAAAUAAUUUAUUUAAUCAGUGAUUCGUGUGAUUUUCACACGAAUCACUGAUUAAAUAAAUGAUGCCAGUAAAAAAAAAUACAUCACGUGAUUGUUGUUUGUAUAUCUUGUACCGUCAGGUAUUGAAGUUUGAGACUAACAAAACUAUACUUGUUAUUAAAUUAGGUACGUAAAUGAAUUGAUAGGUGUAUAUUUCUGUGUAGUGUACCAACAUCUACUGAUAGAUAUUUUAGUAGAACACCAUGAAAUGAAACAAAAUCAUUUUCCAUACUUAACGUUUUUACAUUAAUGCUUUAUUUGUGCAUUUUAAAAUCAAGUGAUAAAAUAUUGUAAUAGAGAAAGUAACCAAUACAUUCAUAAGCAUCAAGAAAAUAUAAAAAUAUUUUGAUAUAUAGAA